AACUUUAAUCAUUUGCUCGCCUCAAUCCAACCCGCCGAGCAGACCCCACCGGCUCCCUUUUUUUUGCAGCUUUCUUGCUCGGUUAUCUCUCUUUUUUGCUCGUCGCUGGUUAUUUGCAUUGCAUUUGCUGGACCGCUUUUUUUUUUCCGUUUCUACUAACCAUCUAGCUGUCUUCUUCCUUCUCGACUCUCCCCGCAGUGUCGCUAUGUCUUUGCAACUACUGCCCAGAGACUCUUUCGCGAAUGAGCCAGGUGGAAGCAACUACACGGCCACCAACGGCCCUUCCUACACGAACCAAGGCCAAGGCCAGUUCAACCUAGAUGGCACUCCGCGUCCUGGAUACAUCGCGAAGAUGUACUGGGCUGUCAUCGGGGCCGUCCUUGCCUUUGCGUUCUUGCUCAGAUUCAUAGACCUGCUUCUUGCUCACCAGCGACUGCGUUCUCGUUCUGCAAAGCCGCGUCUGUUCUUCAUUCGCGCAUAUGCCUCGCUGACCGUCGUCGGCCGCGUUCUAUCCUAUCCUACACUUCCGUGGAUUCAACGCUUUCCCAACCUCGUCCAUUUCCCUUCCACUGGUCGUCUUAUCAUGGCCCUCUCCUACUUUGGCCUUCUCAUCGGACUCUGCUUCUACAACCUCCCUCGAUCGACCUCUGCUGAAUGGGAGCAGGCAGGCUACAGAGCAGCAUGGCUGGCAAUUACCCAGAUUCCUCUCAUCACCCUUCUAUCUUGCCGUCGUUUGACCGUCAUCGCCUUCCUCACCGGCUCCUCAUCCAGCGUCUCGCUCAACUUUUUCCACCGAUGGGUUUCGCGUGGAUUUUUCAUGAUUGCUGCAAUCCACAUGUUUUACAUGAUGAGAUAUUACGAGUCCUUCAACUAUCUUUCUUACCAGCUCAAGACGGACCCCAUCACUAAAGAUGGUCUGAGGUCGUUCUGCAUUUUGGCUUGGAUUGUUAUCGUCACCAGCGUGCGUCCUAUCAGACAUUACCUCUUUGAGCUGUUUUUUGUCAACCACAUAGCAUCGGUGAUUGCUUUCCUUGUCAUUCUCAUGAGACAUACUCCGACCUACGCGCAUGUCUACCUUUGGAUCUCGAUUGGCAUUAUUGUCGCUGACGCCGCACUUCGCUGGGUGCUGCUUUUCAUCAACAAUGUUUCAACUCGAGGACUUAAGUACCGUGCUACGAUUACCUCUAUCGCAGACACAGACAUGAUGAAAAUUAGUAUCCCUAUCGCCGGUUCUGCACGACUGCUCCGCUGGAAGCCAGGCCAGUUUGUCAAUCUUUCUUUUCCGACAUACGGCCCUCUCAUGUCUCAUCCGUUUUCGGUGAUGUCGACUUCUGAUGAUCAAAGCCUAGAGUUCAUCGUCAAGAAGAAGACCGGAAUCACCCGCUGGAUUCACAAGUCUGCGGCAGCUCGCGCUUCAAGUUUUAAUUCCUCGCCCGAAUCCUCCUAUGCUUCAGACUCUCUGCGGUCAGAUAAACGAGGAUCGACGUCUUAUAAUAGUGAUGCAGAGAUGCAAUCAACUGCCAUGUCAUCCCUAAGCGGAUUGACGCUCCCGGUCUUGGUCGAUGGUCCUUAUGGAGGCUCUCCUCGAGACUUGAAGCAAUUUGCGUCGGUCUUGAACGUAUUUGCGGGAGUCGGUGCUACCUAUGGACUGCCGGUUGCUAGAGGUUUACUACUAGAUGCUGCAAAGGCAAAAUCAGUUGCGCUGAAAAACAUCGAGUUAGUCUGGAUCGUGAGACAAUAUGCUGAUGUGUUUGCGUUCAAGGAGACUCUGCAGCUGGUGAGUGAUGCAUAUGACCUCUGCGACAAGUCAAUACAGCUCUCCAUCCGUAUCUUUGUCUCUGAUAUCUCAUCCCUUCCCGCUGACGGCGAAGACGAAGAGAAAUCAACCGAGAACUUUCCUCCAUGUGUCACCAUAGUUCCCGGCAAACCUAACAUCCGCCACGUUCUUGCGGAUGCUAUGACUACGGCGUCACCGUUCGGAGAGCUGGCGGUCAACGUCUGCGGUGGACUGCGAUUGGCUGCGGAUGUCAAGAACUCAACUGCUAUUUUGCUAGAUGCUCGUGCUGCACAUACUGGCAGUAACGGUACUGCCCAGAGCUGCUAUGUACAUGUUGAGCAGUUUGAGGGUUGAUUCUUUUUUCUUCCAAAGAUAGCACUUUUUUGUUUUUUUUGCGUUUCAUUGAGGAAUGAGUAAAUGGGGUUGUCUUUUGUCUUUGCGUAUACGGUGCAUUGGGUUGCUUCUGGUUUGGGAUUUGUAUAUAGUAACA